AUGCACGGCGGCGCCAGAUUUGCUGCGGCAGUGAUAGCCGCAUGCCUGAGCUUCAAGUGGUACUCUGCGGCUGAUCCAAUCUGCCAAUCCGACAAGACCGGGCUGCUGCAGCUACAGAAGUUGAAAAGAUUUCGAGCAUUGGUCAACACGCGCUACACAAGCACCAUCACGAAGUAUGCCUUCACGAACAUCGAAGGUGUCUUCGAUGUCUCGGAACUCUUCGAGUUCGUGGCGCCUCUGCCCCAACCGGCCACCUCCCUGGCCUGGCUGCCCUGCCUGAGCUUCGUCGAGCGGCAAAGCAUCGCGGAAGUCCUGGCAGAGGUUGGCAACUUCAGCGCCUACCUCGCCUCAGGCCUUUGGGAUCGUUCGGGAAAAUGGGCGAUUCCCGAGGAGUAUUGGGAGGACUGGACUUGCGACUGUCCCAAUUGCGAGGAUGAGGAGUUGCUGCUCGCCUUCAAAGAUGCAGCAAAUCUGUUCUUGUAG